GCCAGUGGCGGAUCUGCAGCCUUUGUGAGAGGAACAUAUACUAAGUGUUUUCGGCAGUUUUUUCCCCCAAAAGUUGGUUACGUCAUCUGUCUCGACGAGGAAACGCCUGCUACCUGCUGGACGAUAGGAUUUGAUCGUAAAAAUGCGCCUGUCCAAGUCGAGCGUUCUGCUAGUUGUGGGCCUGUGCGCCUGCGCAGUAUCCUGUUCGCCGAUGGAAUCUCCUGAGAAUCGUCAGGUGGCGGUUGACCCUCGUGGCUCCAAGUCAGUGUUCGACCUGACGCUCAUCCCCUUCCUGAAGAUCACCGUCAGCCCCACUGAGUGCAGGGCGAAGAGCGACAACUCCAGCGGCAUCUGCAGCACCAGCGACAACUGCAGGACCGACAGAGGGAAAGAGGACGGGACCUGCGCCAACGGCUACGGUGUAUGCUGCGUCUAUGAGAAGAAAUGCGGAGGUACAGUAAACAAAAACAUCACUUAUCUGGUGAACGAUGCUUAUCCGGAGGCCCUGAAGGACAUUGGCAACUGUCAGUACAUCAUCGAAAAGGCAAAUUCAAACGUCUGCCAACUCCGCCUGGACUUCUUGUCGAUGACUCUGAAAGGACCCGGAGAAGACACCACCUGUGACACUGACACCUUCACCUUCGUUGGCACCGCGGGUGCCAACCCGACAGUCAUCUGUGGCACCAACACUGGGCAGCACAUGUACCUUGACCUUGCCCCCGGGUCAGCCGCUGCCAGGAUCAACAUUGCAACGACAGACAAGGAAACCGAUCGCUCCUGGAGGAUCAAGGUCACCCAGAUUGCCUGCAACUCACCUGACAAAGCUCCACCUAACUGCUUACAAUACUACACUGAGUAUUCAGGAACUCUCUCGACCUUCAAUUACAAAAAUGAGGACGGCAUCCAUCAGCUGGGAAACCAGAGGUACUCCAUCUGCAUCAAGACCAGAGAAGGAUUCUGUGGCAUUAAAUACUCUUCCGAAAGCUUCUCGCUGUCCGGAGAUGGAGCCACCGGUGCUGAUGCUGCUGGUAAGGAUGGUGAUACAGACUGCGCAAAGGAUUACGUUCUGAUCCCUUCCCUCAAGAAGGAUGGGACUCCCGAGAAGGAUCGCCGCUGCGGUAACGCUUUCUUAGAUUUCACCACGUAUUCACAACCGUUCGAAGUGCGUGUGGUGACCGAUGGUGAAGAAGUCCAAGCCGACGAACCCAACAAUAGGGGAUUCUCCAUGAGAUAUACACAGAUUCCUUGUUAAUUAAUUCUCCAUGAGGUAUUAACACAGAUUCCUUGUUAAUUCUCCAUGAGGAAUUAACAGACAUUUCGUGUUACUUCUCCAUGAUGUAUCAAACAAAAUCCUUGUUGAUUCUCCAUGAUGUAUUACAUAGAUUCCAUGUUAACUCUCCAUGAGGCAUUACACAGAUUCCUUGUUAAUUCUCCAUGGGAUAUCACACAGAUUCCUUAUUUAUUCUCCAUGAGGUAUUACACAGAUUCCUUGUUAAUUCUCCAUAAGUUAUUAAAACAGAUUCCUUGCUAAUGCUCCAUUAAUUCUCCAUGAGUUAUUAACACAGAUUCCUUGUUAAUGCUCGAUUAAUUUUACAUGAGUUAUUACCUCAGAUUCCUUGCUAAUUCUCCAUUAAUUCUCGAUAAGUUAUUAACACAGAUUCCUUGCUAAUUCUCCAUUAAUUCUCCAUGAGUUGUUAACACAGAUUCCUUGCUAAUUCUCCUUUACUUCUCGAUAAGUUAUUAACACAGAUUCCUUGCUAAUUCUCCAUUAAUUCUCCAUGAGUUAUUAACACAGAUUCCUUGCUAAUUCUCCAAUUAUUCUCGAUAAGUUAUUAACACAGAUUCCUUGCUAAUUCUCCAUGAGUUAUUAACACAGAUUCCUUGUUAAGGUGAAAAGGUUAUCUAAUCUUCCUUCAACUAACUUUCUAACAUUACUAUGCCUGUCCUUCAUCCCAUCUUUCAUCUCGCCUGUGAGAACAUUAUCCUUUCGCUCUUUGUUAAUAUUAAUAAACAUUUUUCGUAGUCUUAAGGGACAUCCCGCAAAGUAUUACAUUUUCUGAUGGUAUCCAGUUGUUAACCUCUGCACCACGUGUGUUUGUAGCCAUGCCAAAAUGUUGUUGAUUGUUAAGAACAAUUAAAGUGUGAAAAGAUGUU